CCUGCGGGGACCCCGGCGCCCUCGAUGGCUGUGCCGACCGAGCCGGCGCAGGUACCGGUGGCCUUCAAGGAUGUGUUUGUGACCUUCACCAGGGAGGAGUGGGAACUGCUGGACCCUGCUCAGAGGACUCUGUACCGGAAGGUGAUGCUGGAGACCUGCAGGCUCCUGGUCUCACUGGGUCAUCCAGUUCCCAAGCCCGAGCUGACCCACCUGCUGGAGCAUGGGCAGGAGCUGUGGACAGUGAAGAGAGGCCUCUCAAGGAGCUCCUGUCCAGGUGACAGGGCAAAACGUCAGACCAGAGAGCGAAGCACCACUCAGCCGGGUUUGUGUGAGGGAGCCUUGCUCCAGGGAAGCCUGACUCGAGGAUCCACUGGGGACUCAGGGUUGGAGCAAGCCAAGGAUCGGGAAGGGCUUUCGCAAAUGAGGCCAGAGAAAGACCUCCACAAGGAGACCCAUCCUGGGACAAUGCGCCUUGGAAAUGACAGUUCGGAAACGGCGGGCAGUCUGCACUCCAGGGUGUUACAGGAGAGGGUCUCUCCGGGAGCUGUUCCCCAUGAACGUGACCCACGGGCACCAGGGAAAGGCCCCCACUUCCAGGCAGGCAGUAACCUCUACCAGUGCAAGCAGUGCGGGAAAGGCUUCAGCAGGAAGUGGUACCUCGUUCGCCAUCAGCGGGUUCACACGGGCCUGAAGCCCUACGAAUGCGACAGCUGCGGGAAGUGCUUUAGCCAGAGCUCCACCCUGGUCCGGCACUGCCUCAUCCACACCGGGGAGAAGCCCUACGCCUGCCCCGAGUGCGGGAAGGCCUUCAAGCGCAGGUCCUACCUGCUGCAGCACCACCCGACCCACACCGGGGAGAAGCCCUACGAGUGCGGCCAGUGCCGGAAGGCCUUCAGCCACCGCUCGACCUUCACCCGGCACAACAGGAUCCACGGCGGGGAGAGACCCUUCGCGUGCGGAGACUGUGCGAAGGCAUUCGGCAGCAGAGCGCUCCUCCGGCAGCACUGCGCCGUGCACACUGGGGCGAAGCCGGUCAGGUGCGCGGCCUGCGGCAAGGCCUUCCGGUGCCGCUCCGAGCUCCUGCAGCACCGGCGGGUGCACACUGGGGAGAGGCCCUUCGCGUGCCUGCAGUGCGGGAAGGCCUUCCACCGGAGCACCUACCUGCUGCAGCACUCCGUCGUCCACUCGGGCGAGACGCCCUACCAGUGCAGCCAGUGCGGGAAGGCCUUCAAACGCAGGUCCCACCUCCUGCAGCACCAGCGGGUCCACACCUGA